UUGCUUUACUGUACACGUAGGGCACUGAUGCACGCCGCCUGACUUGAAUAGCCGAGAAGCACCCAUUUCAAUAUCAGGCUGUAGAUCCGCACUGGGCUUUUGUAACUGCAUGGAUCCUUAUGUUGGGUGCUUACAGAUACUUGAGUAAACCCAGAAAUCACAAUACCUUUGCUUGUGACGCCCAACGAGACAUAACGGCUCCUUCUAUUUCAUCGAAAUACCGUUUCGGACGGAUAACGCUGAUCCCAUGUCUAUCGUUCAUCGAUGGCUUGAUACCGAGGGGAAGAGUAUCGACAAGGCCUUCGGAAAGCAACCAGGGCCUCCCCCUAACGCGGGGUCCGGUUCCCUCCCGGGGAAUCCACAGCCUGGCGCCGAAGGAGACGAAAGCGAAGUCCUCGACGAAUCUGAAGGCCUGCGGGCAGCGCUAAUUGAGUAUCAAAAUCUCGCGAUCGAUCCACGCCUUGAGCUAGACGUGGACACGUGCACCUGGGAGAAUGUCUUCGAAUGCAUGACCGGAGCAGAAGAAGACUAUGAGCAGAAAGCGAAGAGUUGGCGAGGCGUCGGUCGUCGAUUGCUCAGAAAGGCUGGAGAUCGUGCAGAGGAUGUUAAUCCUUGGCUAGAGCUCAUCCCACCAGAGUACGGCAUGGGAAUUAUAGGUGCCGGUAUCUCCAUCAUGUUCAUGCUUGCUCGUAACGCCAGCGAAAACCGCGAAAAGAUUCUUAACGCCUUCGAAGAGAUCCCGAUUAUCGUGGCGUCGGCUAAGGCGAAGCUGAGAGCCUUCCCAGAUAACCAAGAACUGAAAUCGUGUAACAAAAAGCUCAGUCUGGAGAUUGUCGUGUCUGUAUCGAAGCUAGUGGGUGCCUUACUACCAGAGAAGCACGCCAAGAAGGUCCCAUACUUCUGGUUUAGGAGCAAGCUCGGAAAAUCUACUAUUGAUGAUGUGCUAAAAUCACUCCGAUAUCAGGCUGAUGCUCUUAAGAGGUUGGUGCAAGACUUUGUGGAUGAGGCUAUCGGGGAAAUUCAAAGGGCGACGAGAGAUAUCAAGAAGGACACAUCCGACCUGAAGGAGACGGCGUCAAAUAUCCAUAGAAACACGGCCGAUCUCAAGAAUUAUGCGUUUGAACUCAAGACGACGACUUCUGGGAUCCAGAGAGAUACGUCCACCCUCAUCUCAGAGACAUCGGGCAUCAGAGUGGAGUUAACAGAUUUGGGAGACAAGCUCGCCAGCGAUUAUCAAAAAAGAUUGCAAAUUUACGAGAGAGAGAGAGAGAUAUCCGAGAAGAAGAAGGAGGAAGCAGAGAAGUCGAGAAAUCUGAUGGCGCAGACACUCGAGGAAGUUGUUGCUGAGAGCCAAAGGAAGGCUCAUGAAAACGAAAGACUUCGCGCUGAGCUCGAGUAUAUGCGUGCUCGCACUCCAGUCUCAAGUCUCAUGACAGCGGAACAGUUCCUGGCCGCCAUCGGCGCAUCCACGCUCAUUCACCAGUCAACCGAGGAUAUCGACAAGGUUCUCCGUCUCCAGGGCUCUAUCCAUCCUGUCGCCGAGGCCGAGGCCGUCUCGCUACUUCGAACCGAUGAAUUCCGUGCCUGGCUGCAGCCCGCUCGCUCCGAUGCUAUCCUAAUCGAUGGUGCCGGCGCUGCCGUCGAAUUUUUCGACCACGCAGAGCGUGUCUCGGCCAAGUCGGUGCUCUGUGCGUCGCUUUUGGCCACUCUUGGCCGCUCCCAACAAGAAACUUUCCAGCUUUUCUUCUUCGCUGGAUUGCAUUCUUCCGAGAAGGACCCUUCAAGCGAUGGCCCUCGCGGCAUGAUCCGGAGUCUCCUUUGCGAGUUAGUAAAGGAGGCACACCGUCGAGGUUGGCUAUAUCUCGAUUUUAUUGACGAUAAGACAUAUCGCGAUGGCAUCCAGAGCCAAAACAUCCACUACCUGUGCGAUGCCUUUUACCGGAUCCUGCAGCGCCUACAAAUGCGGGACGCCGUCGACCUUUCCGUAUAUUGCGUGGUUGAUGGUAUCGCCCUGUACGAGCAGCAGCGGUGGUACCGUGAUCUGGAAGUUGUUACCAAUAUGUUCCGGGUGAUUGUCAACGACACCAAACUGAAGCCCGCCUUUAAACUCUUGCUGACCGGCCCUCACCGUGUCCGUUAUGUCUACGAGUGGCUCGGUCUUCUGCCUAGUAAGCGACUAUCGACAAAUGCGGUUAUUGCCGGGGAAAACCUAGCUACCCCGUUUGGACUGUAUUCAGGGGUAGAACAAGCACUGCAGGCGAGAAGACUCCAGAACCUCGCUGAUAGACGCGGCCGCAGUUUGUACUUUGACGAUAUGGAGAUGGCGGAAGACGACUACGAGUGAUGCGCGACGGCUUGACUGACGAAGGAAAGGUAGCAGCGAAGUAGUUAAUAUACUGACAAUUAUAAUGACGCUUGUCAGUAGAUAUUACCUACCUUGUUAUAUACUAGAUUGCUUAUCCCUACAAUGUAGUUAGCUUUUAGUGGUGAGGCGAUAGAGAGUCGUCCGCAUUAAAUACGUGCGAGAGAUUCCGUCGACCGCGAUAUGCCCUCCCUUCUGUAUUCCUGCUUCCUAUCGACAUGGUUACCUAUGC